AUGCGACUCCGUCAAGCCAGACAGUCUGAUCUCGCGGCGUUGGCUCUUAUCCAGGCGCGAGCCUUCGUGAACGAUCCAGUUUUUGCUCACUUUCACCCCUUUCGCCGUCAUUAUCCCCAAGACUACUAUAACUCACUCCUGCAGGCGUUGAAGCUCGCCUUUGUGACCCCGGGCAAUGUUAUUAUGGUUGCCCUGUUGGAGCAGAAGGACCUGGGGUUCCAUGAUGACAAACAUUACCUGGGGUCAAAGCUGGCUGGAUUUAUCUCCUGCGUUCGGCAUGGCCGUCCAAAGGAUGUGGAUAAGUGGAAUCCAGACGACGAUGCCAAAUGCCUAGAGCGCCAGCUUUAUGAGAUCGAGACCGGAGCAACCCCCAAUCGGGCCGUCUCCACUGGUAAUAUACAGGACUUCUACGGGAGGGCUUCACUCGUUCUCGGCUCACAGUCCGAUUGGGUAGAGUCUCUCAUGCUGGCGGUGUUGCCAGAGUACCAACAUUUAGGGGUCGCCAAACAAUUGAUGUUAUGGGAGAUUGCCGCUGCUGAGGAAGAGGGGGUCGAUAUUUUCUUUGAGGCGACAGAAGUAAGUGCGCCAAUUUAUCUUCGCAUGGGGGCCAAAGUGUUGGGCACCGUCGAGCUCCAGCAGAAGAAGCAACGAUCCGAAAUACAGCUAGAUGAGGUUGAUCUCCCAGCCUGUUCUGUUCCUGUGAUGAGACUGCAUCCCUCUAAAGUUCAGUGGAAGUUGUGA